GUGAUCUCCCACCACUCCCCACCUGGCCAGAGCUAAAAUAAUAAAAUGCUGAGCUCACUGUUCCCCCACUCUCCCCCGGCACCAGGCUCCUCCUGCUGACCGGACAGUGCCCCAGUACAACAGACGAACCAACUGACAAGGGGAAGUGAGAGGUGGCCAUUAGGACUGGCUGUGAGUGUCACACAGCGGGGUGGGGGGAGGGGCCACCAUGUCAUCAUAUCAGAAGGAACUGGAGAAAUACAGAGACAUAGAUGAAGAUGAGAUCCUACGGUCCCUGAGCCCCGAAGAGCUAGAACAGCUGGACGGCGAGCUACAAGAAAUGGACCCUGAGAAUAUGCUCCUGCCAGCCGGACUGAGACAGCGUGACCAGACGAAGAAGAGUCCGACAGGGCCGCUAGACAGAGAUGCCCUAUUGCAAUACCUGGAGCAACAGGCGCUAGAAGUCAAAGAGCGUGAUGACUUGGUGCCCUUCACUGGCGAAAAGAAGGGAAAACCCUACAUUCAGCCCAAGAGAGAAAUUCCAGCACAGGAACAGAUCACUCUGGAGCCUGAGCUGGAGGAGGCGCUGUCCCAUGCCACAGAUGCUGAAAUGUGUGACAUAGCAGCGAUCCUGGGCAUGUACACGUUAAUGAGCAACAAGCAAUACUAUGAUGCCAUUUGCAGCGGAGAGAUCUGCAACACGGAAGGCAUCAGCAGUGUGGUGCAGCCUGACAAGUACAAGCCGGUACCGGAUGAACCCCCAAACCCCACAAACAUUGAGGAGAUGCUAAAGAGAGUGCAAAGCAAUGACAAAGAGCUGGAGGAGGUGAACCUCAAUAAUAUACAGGACAUCCCGAUACCUGUGCUGAGUGAACUGUGUGAAGCGAUGAAGACUAACACCUAUGUCCGGAGCUUCAGUCUGGUGGCCACAAAGAGUGGGGACCCCAUCGCCAACGCGGUGGCCGACAUGCUGCGUGACAACCGCAGUCUCCAGAGCCUGAACAUCGAAUCCAACUUCAUCAGCAGCGCAGGCCUCAUGGCUGUGCUUAAGGCGGUCCGGGAAAACGCCACCCUCACCGAGCUCCGUGUGGACAACCAGCGCCAGUGGCCUGGGGAUGCGGUGGAGAUGGAGAUGGCCACCGUGCUGGAGCAGUGUCCCUCUAUUGUCCGUUUCGGGUACCACUUCACACAACAAGGACCACGGGCUCGGGCGGCCCAGGCCAUGACCCGGAACAAUGAGCUGCGUCGGCAGCAGAAGAAGAGAUAGCCUCACCCUUCCCUUUCCCUUUUCCCAACAAGAGCCC